AUGAGCAGCAGUAGAAGAAAGUAUUAUAAAGGAUCGGAACCUGCGUUCAAUACUAAUACAUCCGUCAAAAAAACAAAUCAUCGAGUUCCUUUUACGUUUAUAUCAUCAAUACAAGAAUCUCAAAAAUCAAAACUCGAUUCAACAGAGCCUAAAAACAAAAAACCGUCUCAAGUAUCGUUUCUAGACCCUCUUCCUCAAAACAACAAUUCACCUGUACAAAAAGAAAAUACCAAAAAUCAAGUAUGUGAGUCCAAACAUGUAAAUAAGUCAAGUAUUUCGGAAACAAGGUCAUGUCACAGUCUUCCCAACUCUGAAAAUAUGCUGGCGUUUCGAAACCCUUAUGCCAGAAAAACAGUCAAAAUAAUUCUUAAUCAGGAUCCUUUAGAUGGUAGUUUCUUUUCUAAAACUCUUACGGAAGACGACAUUCAUGAAGCUGAAAUGACCAAUACGGUGGUUCAGGAACCUUCUUCUCCCUUUUCCCGUGUCACAAAUAAUUCUUCUUUGACAUCUUCACCAAUCAACACAUCCAGAAAUUCUUUAAAACUCUCUCCUAUAAAGGCUCCAUCCAUGAAAACUCUUCCUCGCAACAUGAGUAAUUUAAGUUGGCAAAGUCUCAGUGCAAGAGGCUCCAUGAGAAAACAGCGGCCCAUUCAAUCAUCGUCUUUAAAUUCAACACCCAGGCAACGCGUUAGGCCUAAUGAGAGAGCAGUUGUGAACUUUGAAGAAGACGAUAACGAUGCAGAUUAUCAAUACUUUCUUAGCCAAAACACCAAUUCCAUCUACAAUGCAAAUGCUGGAAAUAGUAACUCUCCACAACAUAAGGGAGAUCCUUACAGUGACCCCUUUGCUCGACCGUUAUUCCUUCGGGCUCCUAAAAGAAAAACCACAGGUGAAAGUCACAUCAAAAGAGAAUAUAUCACAACCUUGAGAUUGUUGGGUUUUGAUGAUAUUGAUAACAAAGUUGACUUGGAUACUCUUUCAUUUUUCUAUGAGAGAAGAGAAAAUGACUUUUCAUUCAUUGACCCUUCCUUAGGUACUCACUCCAAGCAUUUGUUGAAAAUGUUAAAACCAAGCGAAUACGUGAAAGACAAUCUGGAGGAAAAGAAAAAGAAACCUAAAAGUAUGAAGAAGUUAGAGCCAAAACAAAUCGAGAUCAAUAGGAAACGAGCUGCUUUGUUAGAGAGAGGUAUUGAUUUAGAAUCUCUCAAACCAUCCUACGAUCAGUAUCAAGUGUUAGUGAAGGCUGAGUCUGACCUGACUGCCCUAUCAUCUUUACAUCAACCCCAACCAUCAACCAUUAUUGACACGAAUAGAAUUCACAAAUCAUCAUCUCAUGCUCAAAAUUCUUCUCAAACCUCAUCCAAAACGAAUCAAUCCACAUCCACCAAGAGCAAUUCCACAAUUAACACAACCACCACUGCAGCUGAGCAAGUGAUAGUGAUUACAGUUCCUCCCACUAGCGACGCAUGUAAUGGCAUUAACGAUUGUAAAAAUCCAGCAGACCUCGUAUCCACUUGUUGUGACGAUUUCAUUGACUACUUUUUCAAUGAGGAAAAACUUAAUAAGAAACGAUACCUUUCAGGUGAGGAAAGAGUCACCAAUGAUGCCAAACAAAUCAUGGCCCUCAGUAGAGAGCUGUUCGAUGGUAUUCCAACAAAAACGAGCAUGACUAUCGCCAAAAUCUUUGCAAAUCCGGAACAUGCUGACCGCAUCAGCAGAGAGCAAUAUGUAAUGCGAGCUAGGAAAUACAAGGCAGAACUACGAAAGAAGAAACAACAGGAGCAAGAGGAGUAUGAACGAGCCAAAGUGGCAGUGAUGGACCAGAAACGAGGUGUCUCAGUGGUGGAUGAAGAAAAACCUUCGGAUGACAUCACAUUGGAAAUAAAGUGA